AUGAAACCUAUCAAAGAACCACUUACAAGCAGUAAUUUUAUUCACAUAGGAAUUCCAGCAGAAAUUAAUUUUCCAAGUGCAAACAUUAAAGAAACAAUUGUUGGGGUAUUUCAUAUUUUUAAUCCUAAAGAUAAUCCGGUAUCAUGGAGCCUUAAACCAGCUUCAGUUGCCACAUUUCGGCGAUUGGGGACAUCAACAACAGCAGCAAUCAAAUUAGAUGAAGAAGUUUUUUCAGUCAGGAGACCAUCAGGAUACUUGAAAGCAAAAAAUGCAGUAAGGGUAGAUGUUCAUUUUCUUCCAACAGGUGUUGGUACAUAUAUGCAAACAUUUGUUUUGGAGGAUGCAGCAGAUGGUGAAGCAACAAGUGCAGUCGGAAUGAAAUUUCAAGGAAUUGCAACAGAGAAUACAUUCAGCGCACUUCUACAAAAAAAAAGGUUACCAAGAAAAGAGUUGAAAUUUGAAGUUGAAGGAACAGAGUUAAAAAUGCCACCAACCAGAAUAGGAAGGCAGAGAACAAUGGGAAUAAAAAUCAUAAAUGUAUCAAAAGAAUCAAUAAGACUUAAUUGUAAAUGUGAAACUAUAUCUGGACCUGGAGGAAAAUUUGUUUUAUCAAUUGCUAUGAAUACUGUAAUAGUAAAAGCUGAUGGGUUUGCAGUAAUUCUUGUACGUUUCCAACCAAAAACAUCUGGAGAAGUUAAAGGUGUAGUGACAAUACAAUCACUUGGAAGUGCAGAGGUUAAGGUGGAUGUUAUUGCAAAAGGAAUCAGAGAAAUUAGCCAAUCGUUACAAACAAAUGAUGACUUGCCUGAAAUGAAACCUAUCAAAGAACCACUUACAAGCAGUAAUUUUAUUCACAUAGGAAUUCCAGCAGAAAUUAAUUUUCCAAGUGCAAACAUUAAAGAAACAAUUGUUGGGGUAUUUCAUAUUUUUAAUCCUAAAGAUAAUCCGGUAUCAUGGAGCCUUAAACCAGCUUCAGUUGCCACAUUUCGGCGAUUGGGGACAUCAACAACAGCAGCAAUCAAAUUAGAUGAAGAAGUUUUUUCAGUCAGGAGACCAUCAGGAUACUUGAAAGCAAAAAAUGCAGUAAGGGUAGAUGUUCAUUUUCUUCCAACAGGUGUUGGUACAUAUAUGCAAACAUUUGUUUUGGAGGAUGCAGCAGAUGGUGAAGCAACAAGUGCAGUCGGAAUGAAAUUUCAAGGAAUUGCAACAGAGAAUACAUUCAGCGCACUUCUACAAAAAAAAAGGUUACCAAGAAAAGAGUUGAAAUUUGAAGUUGAAGGAACAGAGUUAAAAAUGCCACCAACCAGAAUAGGAAGGCAGAGAACAAUGGGAAUAAAAAUCAUAAAUGUAUCAAAAGAAUCAAUAAGACUUAAUUGUAAAUGUGAAACUAUAUCUGGACCUGGAGGAAAAUUUGUUUUAUCAAUUGCUAUGAAUACUGUAAUAGUAAAAGCUGAUGGGUUUGCAGUAAUUCUUGUACGUUUCCAACCAAAAACAUCUGGAGAAGUUAAAGGUGUAGUGACAAUACAAUCACUUGGAAGUGCAGAGGUUAAGGUGGAUGUUAUUGCAAAAGGAAUCAGAGAAAACAUUUUAACCUUAUCAUUGAAAUAUUUAAACAACAAAUAG